UAUUUUUUCAAUAACCAAAACAUUCCUCGUCUGCAUUGUGACAUCAUAUGCAUUGAUGACGUCAUCAACUUUUGUGUUUCAUGUACAGGGUGUUUCCAAAAAUUCGAUCCAUUUUUACCUACCUUCUUAUGAGUGGUAGUAUUUUUUCUUGUAGUUUCAAAGUACUGUUAAGAGGAAGUACAGAACUACUUACACCCCUCAGGAUGUUACAGAUGCAUAUAACAUGGUAAAAGAACACCAUCUACCUGUGGAACGUGUUGCCAAACAGUUUGGCAUACCAAUUACAACAUUAAAAGAUAGAAUAAGAGGAAAAACAUCAGUAGAUGUCCUUAAGUCUGGUACUCCUCCUCUAUUCUCACAAGAACAGGAAGCAUUUCUGAGUCAGCACCUUAUUACAAUGGCUGAGAUUGGUUUUGGAUAUACCCGGCAGGAAACAAUUAACUUAGCCUCAGAUUAUGCUGUGCAUCUUGGCCUAAGAGAACAAGACAAACCUCUUUCUAAACAGUGGUUUUAUAACUUUCUGAACCGAUGGCCUAGCAUUAAAGUUGUGAAACCUAGAUCUUUGGAGAUGGCAAGAGCAAGAAGUGCAACCCGCCCGGCUAUUGACCAGUACUUCAAUGAACUAAACAAAAUUCUCACCAAAUACAACUUAAAAGAUAAACCACAUUGCAUUUAUAAUAUUGAUGAGAAAGGUCUUUCACUUGAACAUAAGCCACCAAAAAUUGUCACAGGUACUCAUUAUAAACCACAGGCUGUUACAUGUGGAAAGUCGAAAACAGUCACUGUGAUUGGUGGAGGAAAUGCUGUUGGAAACCAAGUGCCGCCCUUUUUCGUAUUUCCUGGUGUUAGGAUGCUUCCAGGUCUACUUGAAGGCUGUACUUCUGGCACGUCUGGAACAGUAUCAGAAUCUGGCUGGUCUAACACUGAAGUGUUCACAAAGUAUAUGACAGAGCAUCUAGAGCCACAUCUACCCUCUCGGGCUGACGGCAGUAAGGUGCUCGUAUUGUAUGAUGGUCACAGAAGUCAUGUUUCCUUGGGGCUGAUUGAGUGGGCACAGAAGAAUGGUAUUGUUUUGUUUGUUCUUCCCCCUCACUGUAGCCAUUUACUACAGCCUCUGGACGUAAGUUGUUACGGGCCUUUUGAAAUUGCCUGGAAUCAUGCCUGUCAUCAACACCUUCGACAGUCUGGAGGUUGUUUGAUUACCAGAUUUGAUGUGUGCAAGAUUGGCUGUAAGGCAUACACUUCUUCUCUUUCUGCAAGUAACAUCCAGUCCGCCUUCAAACAUUGUGGGGUAUAUCCAUUUAACCCAAAUGUAGUGCCAGAUUCUGCUCUUGCACCUGCUUCAGUUUUUAGACCAGCACCUGAUACCACAGAGAACCAUGAACAAGAACAGGCCCUGGCUGUUGAUGACUGCAAUACUGAUGCAAGGCUCUUCCUGGAAAAGAGAGGUGGGGAAAUUUUGAAACAUGUUCCAGUUAAAAAGGCAGCCCAGACAGAAUACUCUUCCUCUUCUGAAUCUGAAGAUGACACUGAUGUGUGCUGCAUUUGUCAAAAAUUCCAUCCUGAGGAGCUCAAGAAUUGCAUCAGUCUAACCAUAGUCUCUUGGGCAUGCUGUGAUAAAUGCAAUGGCUGGGUACACCUUGGAUUCUGUUCCCCAGUCAGGGUUAUUAGAAGAGGUGACUCCUUCCUGUGUCCAAAGUGCACAGGUACAGAGGAGUAA